AGCGAGAGUAGGCGGACCCACAGGCAAUCGUUGAUCAGCAAUUGUUCUUUCUCUUUGAUCGUUUCUGCUUUUAAAACAUGAUUUCCCGAAAAUUUACAAUCGAUACCGGUCUGGUAGUUUGGGAAUUGAAACGCUUACGCGUUAGCAACCAUUUUAGUGUUUUGUAUGUUUAUAUGGAACAUAUAAAUUGUACUUAAGUGUUUAAACUUAAAAAAGUUAAAGGAAAGUUUAAGUUAUCAUAAAGCUAUGAAUGAUACUGUAUCGGACUUGAUAAAAGUCUGCCCGUCGGCAGAAGAGCUGAGCACGAUUGUCAACCGAGUCUGCUGCCCUUAUUGCAGUUCAGUUUUCGCCAACAGUUCCAGGCUCGAAAUGCAUCUCUGCAAGUUUCACAAGGAGGGAAAGCUCGAGGCGAAAAAAGGCAACUGCUUGUAUUUUUGCCCGGAGGAGUCGUGCAAAUACGCCCUGGUUGAAGACAGAGACCCGAGCCUGCUGAGGUUUUUCACCAAGUUGAAAUAUCUCCGGCAGCAUUAUCAGAAAAUGCAUUUGGAAAAGAACUUCAUGUGCGAGAAGUGUAAGAAGUAUUUUACUACUGAAAAUUAUAAGAAUUAUCAUAUGGCGAAAGAAUGUCAAAUUGAGUUUGUGUGUUUAAUAUGUUCGAAAUCGUACAAUACGAGGAUGGCUUUGUUGACACACUGUAAACGGAAAGGACACGGUUCUCCUCCUAUGAUUAAAAAGAAUACGAUAAGAAACAUGACGCCUGGGCAAUCAAAGGAGAGAAAAAUUGUUCCAAACUUAAGAGGAAAUGUUCAGAUGGAAGAAGAUAUUGCCGCGGCUGCCUUAAGCGAAUUAUCGUGGAGGGUUGUAGUGAGAAAAGGCGUGGAUAUCGGAGUCCAGACGGACCACAGGUCGUGCAGCAGGAGGAAAACCAGGACGGACAGAAAGACGCAGACGCAGAAGGCCAGUUUCACGGUUUCCACCCAGACGGAGAUGCAAGACGCAAUCGAUUCUGCCCUUCUUUCGGCGAUACUGCCGCAGAACCAGUUUUCAUCUUCGACUCAAACCACGUCCAACGAGAUGAUGCUAGAUUUGGAAAUAUUUCGCGAAAUUGAUCAACAUGUGAACAACCACACGCAAACCGAGCUGAUGAAUCAAGAGCUUAUUCUUGACGAAGAUUCGCCCAUCCUCUCAAAUAGUCAUACGCAGACGAUGGGGAUUGACGACUACAGUCAUAAUUAUACUCAAACAUGCCAUGAUUUUUUUCUUCAUGAUUUUGUCGAGCUGUCUGAUAUCGAGACUCAAACCGCUUGGGCCAGUUUAACAAUGGAAGACCCUUGCCUUGUAUCCGCCCAAACUCAGACAUUACUAUAGUAAAUGUUAAAUAUUAUUUUGUUACACUUACCUACAUAUUACUUUUCAACAUUAUUAACAAAUAUUUUUUAUCUCAA